AUGCAGGAGUUUGUUGCCAAGAAAUUAUUCGUAUUUUCUGUCCUUGAGACCUUCUUCGACGUCGCGCACCAUGUACGAGUACCAGAAGAGUGCGGGCCAGAUGGUGGCGAGAUGCCAGAGCGCGUGGGCGUCCACCAGGUCGAGGAUCGGGGCAAAGUCGAACAGCUCGAACGACAUGCCGGCACUGACACUGAGCACCAGGGCGAGCGGGGUGAGGGUCCAGUUGACGUCUUUGUUGAGCAGGUCGGCUUUGAGCGACGACGAGCGGCGCGAUUUGCGGAAACACGUCACCGAAUGGUAGAUCCAGAGCACGUUCUGGAGCAGGCCGCAAAACACAUUUGCUUGCAUGUUGUAAGUGUAGGACCAGUUGGUCAGGAGUCGGGUCACAUGGCCAAAGUAUGCCAACAGAGUCACCAGACCAAGCAGCUGGCGUUUGCGGUCGUGUUGCGGCAGAUACAGCUUGAAAACACGCACGGCAAUGGCAUGGAAGCCAGACAGAACCGUGGCCCCGGCAAAGAAAUAGUCCAGCCGUUCGCGGUUCCAUGUGUCUCUAAGAUGGAAGAUGGUGGAGAAGAACCACGCACACAUGGCCACCAGGGCCACCACGAGGUACGACCAGUACAGCUUGACGAACGGCGAGUUUCCUGCUCUGAUCUCCUUUCCGCACUGUUUCCAGAUCAACUUGGCCCCCCAGUAAUGCGGGAACCAGUUCCCGAUGCUGAAAAGGGUACUGAACAGUUCCUGGAUCCCCAGAACGCGAACAAACGGCCACUUGCCAUGGAAUUGGUACACCUCCUGGCCCUUGCUGACGCGGUCCUUGGUGACGAUUCGCUGGCACUGGGCCCCAAUGGCCAUGAUGAAGAACAGUCCAGCCAGCACAGCCUGGGGAAUUUGACCCAGAACAACAAGCAGCGGUCUGGACAUCAUUCCCAGAGUCAUGAGCCCCUGGAUGGUGUUGCUGAGCCGCUGCUCGACCACCUUGACGAUCUUGUCCUUGCCUGUUUCCCCCAUCACGAGCGCCACGACGAUCGACGCGAACCCGCUCACCUCGUCUUUUAUGGAAAACUGGUGCACCAAGAUUUGGAUUCCUUUUUGGAUGUACACGAUGUUAAUGAAGAGUCCAAACACCGUGCAGCUGUACUUGGUGACGAAACGCAUGAAAUUGACGGCGUUCAGCAACGCCACUGCAAAAUGCAGUACCAUGCUCCACAGACAGAUCCAGCACAUGAACUGGAAGUACGCUAUUCCUCGAGGCACCACUAG